GGAGUUCCGUAUGCCAAGUUGUCGUCACGAUGACCAAUGCAAGGUUGUGUAUGACAGGUAGUAGGAAAGAAACAUAUGUUGGACAUCAGAGAAGAUGGCGUUGUGAGUGUAACUGAGUGAAAAAUGUGCCGUCAAAAUAUGCAGUAUUUCGAAGUUUUUUUCCUUUUCUUUACCGUUUUAUUGAAAGCAACUUUAUCCUCAGAUUCAAGGAACAUCAUAGACACAUCUACGUACUACCACUACGAGGCGUUGACUACUUUAUUAAAGCAAUAUGCGAACGACUACCCGCACAUAACUCGGUUGACGAGUGUCGGAAAGAGUGUACAAAACCGUGAACUAUGGGCUCUCCAAAUAACAGAUAACCCCGAAGUUGUGGAGAAAGGGGAGCCUUGGUUUAAAUAUGUUGGUAACAUGCACGGUAACGAAGUUGUCGGCCGUCAGAUUUUAAUUUACUUAAUAGAAUAUUUGUGUAAAAACUAUGAAACUGAUAAUCGUGUGAAAAAAUUAGUUGAUGAGACGAAUAUUUAUAUUUUACCUUCAAUGAACCCAGACGGAUUUGAGAAUGCUGAGGUUGAGGAUUGCAAAGGAAUCAAGGGUCGAGAAAAUGCCAACAGAGUCGAUCUGAAUCGCAAUUUUCCUGAUCAGUUUCGUAGGAAAGACCCAAGAAAAGAAAUCGAGACGUCGUCAUUAAUUCGGUGGAUUGAAAAUAAUCCGUUUGUUUUGUCGGCAAAUCUUCAUGGCGGAAGUAUUGUGGCAAGUUACCCAUUUGAUGAUUCGGCAAGUCAUAUAAGCGGCGGUCAUUAUAGCAGUACGCCAGAUGAUGCACUUUUCAAACACCUCGCUCAAGUGUAUGCAAAUGCACAUAGAACUAUGCAUGUUAAAGAAGGGUGCAAAGAGUUCGGUGACCAUUUUCCUGGAGGGGUUACCAAUGGUGCCGAAUGGUAUGAUGUACCAGGUGGAAUGCAGGACUAUAAUUACCUACAUAGUAACUGCUUUGAAAUCACGGUGGAGUUGUCGUGCUGCAAGUAUCCGCCGCCUUCUCAGCUCUCGACGGAAUGGGAUAAUAACAGGGAAGCUUUACUGGCAUAUAUGGAACAGGUACAUAAAGGGGUGAAAGGUGUGGUGGUAGACGAUGUUGAUGGUGUUGGUAUUGCUAAUGCUGAUAUUGUUGUCGACGGUAUUGAUCAUAAUGUUACGUCCGUUACCGGUGGUGAUUUUUGGCGCCUGCUAAUUCCAGGGGCCUACGCGAUCAAUGCUUACGCUGAAGGAUAUGAAUCUGGACCGGCUCAGCAUGUUACGGUUGGAACAGGGGAAGCAAUUGAAAUGGAAUUCCGGCUUCACUCUAGACUUAGGAGAACACUAACAACACCAAUAGUAUUAGAUGCUUUGCAACCAACAUCAUUUACUCACCAUAACCAUGAGCAAAUGAAGGCGUCCUUAGAUUACUAUGCCACAACAUAUCCAGACAUUACAAGGCUGUAUAGUGUGGGAACUUCUGUUCAAGGCAGAGAGCUACUGGUGUUGGAGAUUUCUGAUAAUUCUGGAUUCCAUGAACCAGGUGAGCCAGAAUUCAAAUAUGUAGGUAACAUGCACGGUAAUGAGGUGGUAGGAAGGGAGAUGUUACUGCUGAUCAUCCAGUAUCUGUGUGAAAACUACCAACGCUUACCAGAGAUCACGUCAUUGGUGGAUAACACCAGGAUCCACAUUAUGCCCACUAUGAAUCCUGACGGACACGAAAUUGCUUUUGCAGAUGAUGGAACUGACUUGGUUGGACGUGAGAAUGCAAACAAAAUUGAUCUAAAUCGCAAUUUUCCUGAUCAAUUUGGAAAAACGACCGGUGCUCCUCAACCGGAGACGUUGGCUAUGAUUCGGUGGAUGCAAUCAUAUCCAUUUGUGUUGUCAGCUAACCUGCAUGGUGGGUCUCUCGUUGCUAAUUACCCAUUUGAUGAUAACAGGAACUCAUCACAGACCUACAGUAAAUGUCCAGAUGAUGCUGUGUUCCGGCAAAUAUCAAAGGCAUACUCAUUUGCUCAUCCCACUAUGCACCUGGGUCAUCCAUGUCCUACGUAUCCAGAAUAUUUUAAAGAUGGUAUCACAAAUGGAGCAGCUUGGUAUAAUGUACAAGGUGGAAUGCAAGACUGGAUCUACCUGCACACAAGCUGUUUUGAGAUUUCAAUUGAGAUGGGGUGUGACAAGUAUCCUCAUGAGUCGGAUCUGCCUGACUACUGGGAGGCCAAUCGACAACCUCUCCUGGCUUAUAUGUUACAGGUUCACAAAGGAGUGAAAGGAUUUGUGAUGUCACCAGAUGGAGUGGGUCUACCCAAUGCAUCAAUUUCAGUGGAGGGGAUUGAUCACAUUGUUAGAACAGCCGGAGGCGGAGACUAUUGGAGACUUUUAGUUCCAGGGACCUAUCAGGUCACAGCUUCAUUUGACGGAUUUGAGUCUGUGACUAAAGAUGUUACUGUAAUGGAGGAUUGGGCUGUGCAAGUCAAUUUCACCCUGACACAAGGCUGGGCACAAACGUACGACUUUGAUCUGCCUCAAAAUGCUAGUCGCUACAUAACCAAUGAGGAACUCAUCGAUAAGAUUGUAGAGAUAGGUAGAUUACAUCCCAGCAUAGCGGAGGUGAAGGGGCUUGGACAGACUAGCGCGGGUCUGAAAAUCUUGGCUGUGGAAUUAACUAAUCGUCAUGAUCAGACUAUCAGUGACAGACCAAGUGUGGCUUUGAUUGGUGGAAUGAGAGGUGAUGAGCCUGUCGGUAGGGAGAUACUAUGGAGACUUUUAAGGCAUUUCUCAGAGGGUCAUGAGAAGAGUGACGAAGGCAUUUCGAAGAUCCUAGAUACCACAAGGAUCACGAUAAUUCCGGCUGCUGACUUGGACUCCUUUCCAACCGCUGCUGAGAAUGACUGUGGACAGCGAACACAAAUGAAUGAAAUGAAUCAAGAAUCACCAGUAGUUCAUGCCAUUCUAUCUUUUUUUGAAAGUCAAAACUUCUCACUUGUGUUAAGCAUUGAAUCAAGUGGGUUUUGGAUGAGAAUUCCAUUAGACAACCCUGUUUAUACAAGUCGAAAGACCCACGGCUCUGUCACUGAGGAUGAUGAGCUGCUGUCAUACUUGGCUGAGUCCUAUUCUGUGGACCAUUCCACUAUGGGCAGUAGGGCUUGUAAUGGACAUGUGUUCCCAUCUGGUAUGGUUCAUGGGGCAGACCUAAGUCCUACAGAUAACACGCUGCAAGAUUAUCUUUAUCUGCAUAAAAAUUUAAACAUGAUCACGGCUCAUGUUUCAUGUUGCAAGCAUCCAGAUCACUCAAAGAUCCCAGAACUAUGGCAACAGAAUCUUCAACCAAUCAUGAACUUCAUAAAGAAAGCAAAUCAAGGUGUCCAUGUUCACCUGGUUAAUGAGCAAGGUUCACCUGUAACAGAUGCAAUGGUCAGUCAGUGGAGUCACACUUGUCCAUUCACCUUUGAACCCAGUGAACAACGAUUCCACAAGUUAUUAGAAGAGGGCAAAAACACUAUAACAGUUGUUGCCCCUGGUUACAGUAUGACUACAAAGGAGGUAACAGUCCAAAAGAAUCAGAUGACAUCUGUUACGGUGGAAUUGAAGUCGGAGCACAUCCUCAGAUACCACGAUUAUGAUGCAAUGCUGUCAAAGUUACGAAACAUUACAUUCAGUAAUCCGUCCUUAUGUAGUUUACACCCUAUUGGCAAGACCAAACAAUUCCGUCAAAUAUGGGCAUUAGAAAUCGGCCAGCACAAACCUGAACCAAACACUGCUGAGAAACCACAUGUAAAAUUCCUUGCCAAUAUCCAUGGUAAUGAAGUCGUUGGCCGUGAACUGCUGCUGGCCUUAGCCAGUUACCUGGUUGAUAGUUAUGGGAGUGAUGACCUUGUAACGCAUCUCGUUGAUUCAACUCACAUUCACCUGAUUCCAAUGGUGAACCCGGAUGGCAGCCAACAAGCCGAAGGCGAAGAAGGCAACUGCGCUAGUACUAAAGGACAAAAUAAUACAAAUAAUGUUGAUAUUGACAUUACUUUCCCAAUAAAUAAAAUGAAUAAUAGUCACUUUGAACCGCAACCAGAAACCAAUAAUUUGAUAAAAUGGAUGAAGAAGACUCAGUUCUCCAUAUCUGUUGCCCUCUACAGCGGAACCAGUGUAGUCAAACUUCCUUAUAACUUCAUCCAUAAAAACAAUCAUGCAAGUGAAACUGUGACACCAGAUAAUGACGUGUUCAGAUACCUUGCAAGUACAUAUGCUCAAGCACAUCCCAGCAUGCAUCAGGGGAAUCCGCAAUGCCCAGAUCAUCAAGGAGAUCAUUUUGAAGGUGGUAUGGUAAAUGGAGCAAAAUGGCAUGGUCACACAGGUAGCAUGCAGGAUUACAAUUAUGAUGAAUUGAACUGUUUGGAAUUAGCAGUGUACACUGGUUGCUGUCACCACCCAAAAGAGGUGGAGCUACAAUCCAUAUGGCAUGCCCACCGGAAGCCCCUGUUGGCUAUGAUUGAACAGGCCCACUUUGGCGUACAAGGUAGCAUUCAAGACCACUAUGGUCGCAAUAUCGGUGGCGCCACGGUGAAAGUGGACGGUCGGCAACACGUGGCCACAUCCUCGGAGUCCGGUUACUUCCACCAGCUUCUGCUUCCUGGCACAUACCAUGUCAAGGUAGAAGCCAAGGGCUAUAGUGUGACUACAGUAGAUAUUGUGGUACCUAACCGUGCAGCGAACAACAUCACCAUUAUACUGUAUGAGGAAACAUAUAUAUUUGGAAUGAGGCCAUCAUUUUUUAUCAUGUUUGUUGGUGUGGCCCUUGCUGUUAUCAUGUUGUUGAUCCUAUGCCUCAUCCGUGUCUGUAAUGGAAACAGACACGGCCAUCACAGGAAAGGAUUCUACCGACUGGACGGUGACAAAAUGUACCAAGAGGAGUUUGCAGACCGAAUGGCUAUGAAAGCAUUUAAUUCAAAACAAACAUUACUUAGUAAUGGUUACCAUGACAACUUCAGUGAAUCAAGUAGCGAGGAAGACGUUAUCUUUAAUACGUGACCUUAGAUUUAUGAUUAUUUUUUUAAGACAGGACGUCAGAAGAAUUAGAUUUUAUAAUUGGAAAUGCAGAUAGGUUGAUUUUUAUGAGGUUCAGUUGAAAAUAUUUAGAAAUGAUUCAUUCAUGCCUAAGAAACAAGCUUUAUAAAACAAUUUUUCAAUACUGCGUAUAUGUAAUUAUUUUUUUUUUUUAAAUUGUUGAAGAUAGCAUGUAAACUUAAUGAUGCACAAAUAGCAGCAUAUGGGAUAUUAAAUUGGGGUGUGGGGAGGCUGAUGGGAUGAUAGUGUUGUAGAACAGUAAGGUGGGGAACUUGCUGGGGAAUGAUGUGACAGUUAAACCCUAGUGUCGCACUAUUUUAAACAACUUUUGUUUUUUGAUUUGCGCCAUAAUAUUUUACAUUAUUUUAUCUAGACCUGGACAAAAUUUAUAGGUAGAAUGGUAAGUGUUGAGGUAGGGGGAAACUUUGAUAUAAGUUAGAGGAAUAAGUUGUAUUGUUUACGGAAAUAAUUUAUGUUGUACAAGAAAAAAAUGUUAUUUGUAACAGUCAAUGCUAGUACUGUUUGUCUAGCCUAUAAAGCAGUAUAUAUGUUUUUCAAUUGGUUUAUUUUAUCUUAUUCUGAAAGUGUACUUAUUUGAUAACAUUGAGAUCAUUACUCGCAUUCUUUCAUAGGGGAAUAACAAGGUCUACAGUGCUUCUGGUCCUACUUCAAAGCAAUGACUGACAAAAUACAGAACUUAUUUUCUGUAUAUUCUAAAUCUGUUACUUCCAAAUAUGAUUCCAAUCAGCAAAAGGCUUGGAAGUUAAAAAUGCUUGCCUUCGAGAUCCAAAGUCCAGGGGAAAAUUAUUAUGGGAUAUCUCACUCAUGUUUUCUGCUGUAAAUAUUGCUUCCUGCAUAUAUUAUGCAGUGUGAUUUGUAAAAAGUUAUGCACACAUUGUUUUCUGGUUGUGGAAAUGCACUUAAAAAAAUCCCAGAAUAUAUGUGUAUAAAGAUAAUUACUAUUGUGAUCCGUUUUGUGUUUAAAUAAUAAGGUCAGAGAUUGAGACCUAUUGAAGGAUAUCCUGUACGAAAUAGUAUCACCACAGAGUUUUUUAUAACAACUUCCUGGUAACAUGCUGCAUCGCUCCAAUAAAAGAAAUUAUGUUUUUAAACUUUGAAACUACAAUAGUUGGUUUAUGCGAUAGGAAUAACGUUAAAAGAAGCCUCUUUUCCUGUAAAGGACAAUCAUUUUUCAGAUUUAAAGUCAAAUAUUGCAGUUUUUUUUUAUGAUUAGCGUCAAAUAACAACAGAAAACCGCCUUUAGCCGUGUUAUUUGAAACGAUGAUUGGAGAAAAAGAAUCACAACUCUCAGACUGACUUCCAAAAAAUGUAUACAAUUUUCAAGAUUGCCUGUCUCUUCCAGCUUUAUUAUAUGUGUGGCUCAGAUGUUGACUGUCAACACUAAGUUCAGGCCAGGCUUGCCAGUUUGUUUGAGCUCUAUUAACUGUGUGGCUCUAAUGUUCACUGUCAACACUAAGUUCAAGCUUGCCAGUCUAUUCCAGCUCUAUUAGAUGUGUGGCUCUAAUGUUCGCUCUCAACACUAUCAAAUUGUCUGAUAAGUAUCUGUGAUGUGCACAUAUAUGGGCAUGAUGAUGUCAUUUCACACCCAAAUAUGGGCAAAUUGCAGCUAUUUGUCACAUAAAUGAUUGGACUAUGUGCUGUGAUUGCUGCAAUAUUUAAAUGAUCAAAAUAUUAUAGUAAUUGUUAUUGUCGUGAUGGAAUGAUAGACAAUAACUGAUUUGCGUCAGGAGAAACAUGUAUAGGUGUAAUUUUGCCCUACCUGACGUGGAAAUGUACCGAAUACUCAGUACAUUUGAAAACAACUGCGAAAUGUACUGAGUAUUCGGUACAUUUCCACGUCAGGUAGGGCAAAAUUACACCUAUACAAAAUAUUAUAGUUAUUAUAAUUAUUAUUUUUAGUUGAGAAAUAUAUGAUAUGGACUUGCUUUGGUUUUUAGCUGGUGUAUUCAUGAUUUUUAUUAAGUGAUACAACAUUUUAUUUCAAUCAGUUGCUUUGGCAGUCAGAAGUACAUACAGUAAUUGCAUAAUUGCGAUUAUGUAAAAGUGAUUGUAUUUUUGGUAUUUUUUACAACUUUUAAUUAUUUUCUAUGGCUGAAUAACGUGAUACUAAAUUUGAUAUUUGUUUUUAAGUUAAAUUUAUAAGUUGUAUUACAAAUAUAGAUCUGCAAUUAUUUUCAGUUUAUUAAAAUAAUCAUGAACCUCACAGUCCAGGAAACAUCUACCGGUAUGCCCUUGGGUGACCGUGGAUGUUGGGGUACACAGACACUUAAGGUUGUUUGAACGCCUACUUUAUCAAAUUAAGUAAAAUAAUAAUAAUAAAUUUUAAAUAGAACAGAAAAUAAACAGACAAUUAAAAAUAAUGUAAGGUUUGGUGAUGGUAUACCUGGUGUGAUACCUGGCACUUGUGCGUGCCAGGCAUAUAUUACAGGUUGGGCCAUGAGUGGGCCUUGUAUUCAAUUUUUUAAAUAAAGUGUGUUACAUACAAAAAUAAUAGUUUCUAAGAAAUUAUAAAAUAUGAUACCUAUUUCUGUAUUCUAGAAAAUAAAAUAGCUUAGAUCAUUUGCCUAAAGCUUAUAUUUGGGUACCCAUCAUGGUUUGUUAUUGCCCAUAAUGCCUUGCAAUAUUUCGUUCAGAUAUGGUGAUAUUUGGACAAACAAUAUGAAACUGAGAUGUAUGAAGAAAUAUGUUAUACUAUAGCACUUCACUACUUAAAUGUACAAAUAUUCAUAACUACUGUAACUUCUAUAGCUAAUUUUGUAAAUUAUAUCAUUUAAAAUCUCUAUAUAAUCCAUAGAAUUUAUCAAAGUCAUUAGUAGAUAUUAUUUAAAUUUCUUUGUAGUUUAUUAAUAUAAUUAAUUUACUUUAUGCAAUUUAAUUGCAUGAAGUUUUGGGACUUGGAUCAGUUUUUGAAUAUGUUGACUAUAUAAUAAACAGACAAAGACAAUUAUAAGAGAUAACUU